AUUGGAGUGUAAAAGUCAACUGCAAACUCUACGCUACAGUAAUCCACAUUUUAUUAUAAUAGCAAACCAGAAAAUCCCAACCUCCUGCUGCUCACACCCAAGCCAUGAAACCCACAGUCCUCCUCCUCUUCUUCUUCCUUCUCUCCUCUAUUUCCUUCUCCCACGCCACCACAGCCUACCCUUCUAUUCCCGGCACCACCUCUGUAGAAUACGGCGCCGACACCGACGCUCUGAUUCCUCCUCGCCGCGAAGUGUAUGGCAAUGGCCGAAUCUUCGACAUCAGCCACCGCUACUGCACCAACAUGCCCGCCUUUGAGACCAACGACGGGGUUGGCGAGUUCCUGUGGCUACCCAACAGCAUGAAGAACGGCUCCAUCGCCAACAACUCAGAGUUUAAGCUGCCCACUCACACUGGUACCCAUGUCGAUGCCCCUGGCCACGUCAUCGAUCACUACUUCGAUGCCGGCUUCGACGUCGAUACGCUUGACUUGGAAGUGCUUAAUGGUCCUGCAUUGUUAGUUGACGUUCCGAGGGAUACGAACAUAACUGCUGAAGUUAUGAAGUCCUUACAUAUUCCCAAGGGGGUGCGUCGUGUGCUGUUUAGAACAUUAAACACUGACAGACGGCUUAUGUUCCAAAAGGAGUUUGACAGCAGCUACGUGGGAUUUAUGAAGGAUGGAGCACAGUGGUUGGUGGACAACACUGACAUUAAACUUGUUGGAAUUGAUUACUUAUCUGUUGCUGCAUAUGAUGAUUUGAUUCCGUCCCACCUUGUUUUUCUAGAAGGCAGGGAAAUCAUUCUUGUUGAAGCCUUAAAACUUGAUGACAUCCAACCAGGAAUAUAUUCUGUCCACUGCUUACCUUUGAGGUUGCCGGGUGCAGAAGGAUCACCGAUAAGAUGCAUUCUUAUCAAAUGAUGCAUCUGCUUAUGUUCUCGUCUUUGAAAUGAUGAUCGCCCCAGGAUAAGUAGCAUGGAAUAAAGACGCAUCAAGACUGAACAUAGAUCGUGCUUGCAAGGAAUGGGAUAGAUAUGCAAUGUAAAUUAUCAUCUUGGAUAAUUGGAACACCAUGUUCUAGUGGCCUACCGGUAACCGUUACCGGUAGAACAUUGAACAUACAAUAUCCGGUGCUUCUUUGAACCUUCAAUAUCCAACAUAUACCUUGGUCUCACAGAUUUCUGAUUUAAGAAAAAAUUUCUGUUUUCCGAAUGUAGUUGGAUUGGACCUCAAUUGUGUGAAGUUAAUUACUGUGGUAGAAUC